AUGGAAAUUAGAUGGGAAUUCAUUGAAUUGGGAGGAAAGAUAUAUAAGGAUAUGGAUAGAUUAAUGGCCUUCAAAGAGGGACUAACUACUUGGUCCAAAUGGGUUAAUUCCAAUAUGAUCCUCAUACUACUCAAGUAUUUUUUUCAGGGUAUCUCUCCUGUUCAUACCGAUGGCAGGGAAUGGAACAGUUCGGUUUCGAAAACCUGUCAAGGCGAAACGACAACGUUAAUUGGAACAACUUAUCCCGGACCAUUGCCGCCGGCGAUGUUGGUAGUGAAGCAAGUAUUGCAAACGAUGUCAAAGCCGGUCACUUUGCUCGAUAUAACGAUGCUUUCAUUGCUGAGGAAAGAUGGUCAUCCUUCUAUUUAUGAUGGGAAGAAGGGAAACGAUUGUAGCCAUUGGUGUCUUGCUGGACCACAUGAUACAUGGAACCAAAUUCUCUAUGCAUUGCUCUCAAAUUCCUAGGGAGCUAGGGACGUUGGUUUAAAUUUGUAAUUUCUUUUAACCUUUUUUUUGUUCGCUUAAU